AUGAAGGUGGAUAGAAGGAACUGUCUUCUCAUUCACCUCCAGCUUCUCAUUCCCCACCAGCUUCUCAUUCCCCCCCAGCUUCUCAUUCACCCCCCCCAGCUUCUCAUUCACCCCAGCUUCUCAUUCACCUCCAGCUUCUCAUUCCCCCCCAGCUUCUCAUUCACCCCAGCUUCUCAUUCCCCCCCCCCAGCUUCUCAUCCCCCCAGCUUCUCAUUCACCCCAGCUUCUCAUUCACCCCCCAGCUUCUCAUUCACCCCAGCUUCUCAUUCACCCCCCAGCUUCUCAUUCACCCCCCAGCUUCUCAUUCACCCCAGCUUCUCAUUCACCUCCAGCUUCUCAUUCCCCCCCAGCUUCUCAUUCACCCCAGCUUCUCAUUCACCUCCAGCUUCUCAUUCCCCACCAGCUUCUCAUUCCCCACCAGCUUCUCAUUCACCCCAGCUUCUCAUUCCCCCCCAGCUUCUCAUUCACCCCCAGCUUCUCAUCCCCCCCCCAGAUUCUCAUUCCAUUCCAGCUUCUCAUUCACCCCAGCUUCUCAUUCACCCCAGCUUCUCAUUCCCCCCCAGCUUCUCAUUCCCCCAGCUUCUCAUUCCCCACCAGCUUCUCAUUCCCCACCAGCUUCUCAUUCCCCCCAGCUUCUCAUUCCCCCCAGCUUCUCAUUCCAUCCCAGCUUCUGAUUCCCCCUGCUUUUCAUUCCUCCAGCUUCUCAUUCCCCCAGCUUCUCAUUCCUCCUGCUUUUCAUUCCUCCAGAUUCUCAUUCCUCCAGAUUCUCAUUCCUCCAGCUUCUCAUUCCCCCAGCUUCUCAUUCAACCCAGCUUCUCAUUCACCCAGCUUCUCAUUCACCCAGCUUCUCAUUCCCCCCAGCUUCUCAUCCAUCCAGCUUCUCAUUCACCCCCAGCUUCUCAUUCACCCCCAGCUUCUUAUUCACCCCCAGCUUCUCAUUCCCCCAGCUUCUCAUUCAUCCAGCUUCUCAUUCCCCCAACUUCUCAUUCCCUCCAGCUUCUCAUUCCCCCAGCUUCUCAUUCACCCCAGCUUCUCAUUCCCCCAGCUUCUCAUUCCCCCAGCUUCUCAUUCCCCCAGCUUCUCAUUCACCCCCAGCUUCUCAUGCACCCAGCUUCUCAUGCACCCAGCUUCUCAUGCACCCAGCUUCUCAUUCCUCCAGCUUCUCAUUCACCCCCAGCUUCUAUUCCUCCACCUUCUCAUUCACCCCCCGCUUCUAAUUCACCCAGCUUCUCAUUUAACCCAGCUUCUCAUUUAACCCAGCUUCUCAUUCCUCCAGCUUCUCAUCCCUCCAGCUUCUCAUUCCCCCAGCUUCUCAUUCCCCCAGCUUCUCAUUCCCCCAGCUUCUCAUCCAUCCAGCUUCUCAUUCACCCAGCUUCUCAUUCCCCCCAGCUUAUCAUCCAUGCAGCUUUUCAUUCACCCCCAGCUUCUCAUUCCCCCAGCUUCUCAUUCCCCCAGCUUCUCAUUCCCCCAGCUUCUCAUUCCCUCCAGCUUCUCAUUCCCUCCAGCUUCUCAUUCCCCCAGCUACUCAUUCACCCCCAGCUUCUCAUUCACCCCCAGCUUCUCAUUCACCCCCAGCUUCUCAUUCCCUCCAGCUUCUCAUUCCCCGAGCUUCUCAUUCACCCGCCACUUGUCAUCCCCCCAGCUUCUCAUUCCCCCCCAGCUUCUCAUCCAUCCAGCUUCUCAUUCACCCCCAGCUUCUCAUUCACCCCAGCUUCUCAUUCCCCCCACCUUCUCAUUCCCCCCACCUUCUCAUCCAUCCCGCUUCUCAUUCACCCCAGCUUCUCAUUCACCCCCAGCUUCUCACUCCUCCAGCUUCUCAUUCACCCAGCUUCACAUUCCCCCCAGCUUCUCAUUCACCCAGCUUCUCAUUCACCCAGCUUCUCAUUCCUCCAGCUUCUCAUCCACCCAGCUUCUCAUUCAUCCAGCUUCUCAUUCACCCCCAGCUUCUCAUUCACCCCCAGCUUCUCAUUCACCCCCAGCUUCUCAUUCACCCCCAGCUUCUCAUCCCUCAAGCUUCUCAUUGACCCAGCUUCUCAUUCCUCCAGCUUCUCAUCCACCCAGCUUCUCAUUCCUCCAGCUUCUCAUUCCCCCCAGCUUCUCAUUCCCCCCAGCUUCUCAUUCACCCCCAGCUUCUCAUUCACCCCCGCUUCUCAUUCACCCCCAGCUUCUCAUUCACCCCCAGCUUCUCAUUCACCCCAGCUUCUCAUUCUCCCAGCUUCUCAUUCUCCCAGCUUCUCAUUCUCCCAGCUUCUCAUCCCUCCAGCUUCUCGUUCCCCCAGCUUCUCAUCCCUCCAGCUUUUCAUUCACCCCCAGCUUCUCAUCCCUCCAGCUUCUCAUCCACCCCUAGCUUCUCAUUCACCCCCAGUUUUUCAUCCCUCCAGCUUCUCAUUCCCCCAGCUUCUCACCCCUCCAGCUUCUCAUCCCUCCAGCUUCUCAUCCCCCCCAGCUUUCUAUUCCUCCAGCUUCUCACCCCUCCAGCUUCUCAUCCCUCCAGCUUCUCAUCCCCCCCAGCUUCCUAUUCCUCCAGCUUAUCAACCCUCCAGCUUCUAA